AGUGCUUAAAGAUCUAAGAGAUAUGACUAUAGAAUUUAGAUCAAAAAAGCUUCCAGAGACAGAUAUAAGUAGAGCUACAAGUGGUACGAAUAUGACAAAAAUUGUAUUAAAAGGCAAUUUGACUCAAGUUUGA